AUGUGGCCAUGCCCAGCGUUACCGCUCAAAAACAGCAACCUGGCAAGUCGCGAGGAUGUGUCCGGCCAGUUUGAUGACAUGGCGGGACAAGCCAAAUUGCUCAUCGAGCGAUUUGCGAGGUACGCGGUGGGGGCCUCUAGGGCGGAGAUCAAGCGGCGUGUCGAGAGCGCCAACGAGCUCGCCCAGAAAAACAAGUGGAAGGUCGAGGUAACCCUUGAGGACAAAGGGAUCAAGAAUGAACUCAUUGAAGAGAUUGUCGAGAGAAAGAUGAAGCUCCUCGUAGGCAAACAGGGUGAAAUGUUGAGUACGCCUGCGGCAAGGCAUACCAUCGCCUUAACCGGCAAGAUGGCACCAGUAUACGACGUGGAAUACGAUUUCCACCCAGACGGUGCCGCGAUCCCUUACCUGGUCGAAGUCGAUUCCUCCUCAGCAGGUUCCAGCCCGGUCCUCCACCACCCUUCCGAUCUCGAAGAUGUCGACUACUGGUUUCGACUUGAGUAUGCCGACUGGGAAUCGGCUGUCAAUAAGGACCCAAAGACACGUGACUCUUCAGCUCCACGACCUGUUGCUAGGAACAAGAGAUCGUGGAACGGAAGAGGCGAGAUGGAAAAGCGUGUUAAGAGGCAGAGGCUGGACCUCGAUGGAUCUUUCAAUACGGCUCUCCUCGAUAAACAAGCCAUACAUCGCAAGGGCACAAGCAAUCUGACCCACAAACACAACUACCGUUUCUGGUUCUUGCGUGCUACGGCAUGA